CAAAAAACAUUAUGCUUUGAUUUCAGGGAUAAUUUGGAUAUUCCUGCUUUAUCAUUUCUCUCUCUCUCUUUCUCUUAACACAAGACCUACCAUAAGAGAGUUCCCCAAAUGGGGUGUAAACUGAACUCUCCCAAUACCCCAAUUCUCUUCAAAUUUUCCACAAAAAGAUCCAACCUUGGAGGCAAAAGCAUCAAAUUUUCUCCCACUUCCUGUCUCAACAGUCAAAACCAAGAAACACCCACCAUUCCCACCACCACAAAGAUCCCAAAAUCUAAUAUUUCCACUGUUCAUUUCAAGUCUCUCACAGCUUGCAAGCUUGGCAUUUCUAGAUUCCCUGAUUUCCAAUAUAAUGCUGAAGGAGGAACAGGAACUGGGUCUGUCAAGAUCCACGAUGAUAAUGGCAGCAACAGCCGACUUUUAGUUUCUUUCGAUGUUGACACCCUUUACAUCCCACCAUUGACAACUCAAACCACUAAGUUUCUGGGUCUGCCAUUGCCACCGUUUCUGAAGAUUGAUGUUCUUCCUGAAUUCUUCCAAGGAAGCAUCAAUCAAGAGUCUGGCAAGGUUGAGCUUGAAUUUGAGUCAAAGUUCAUAUUCUCAAUUGGGAGUUUGUAUAGAGCUCCUCCAUUGCUAGUAAAAACCGUGCUGAGUUCUGAAGAAUCAAGAGGAAUCAUAAGAAGUGGAAAAGGAGAGAGAUUGGAUGACGAUGGAAAUUGCAGAUUGGUAGGGGUGGCUACUGUUGACCCCAUUGAUGAUUUGUUUCUCAAUUCCUUCCUCUCUCUCCCCACUGAAUGUAUUGCAAACCUCAAUGCUAUAAUCACAUUCUCUUAGAGAGACAGCAAGAAGAAUAUAUUAUAACACAGUGAUGUAAUUGUUUGGGACAAAAAUCAGACACAUACAUAUUUGAAAACAAAUAAUAUAAUGCAUAGGUAGUUGUUCUGGUCAUCCAUGAUUUGUGUUUGAAUUUUGUCAUUCCAUUUUUUUAUAAACCUUUCGUCUGGUUAAGAGCAAAAGAGACCAUAUCUUUUUGUAGUU